AUGCGGCUUGACUCACUGCACCAGGACAACAACUCAAUGACAACAUUCAAAGAUGCGAUGGAUCUAUUCGAGGCCGAAUUUCAGAAGGCCCUCUGUGGGAGCGUCACCGGCCAAGUUGGCGGGACUAUGCGCACAUUCCUAGAGACUGAGAACCUGUCGCCAUAUUACCGCUUGAAAGCUUGCAUGGUUCUAAGCACGGCUGAUGAGGAGAACGAACAUGAAGAAAACUUGGCAGCAACGCGAUAUUGGCUUAAGAAGGCCACGGAAGCUUUAGAGGAAACGAAGCGCGUCUACAUACACAACCCUGAUGAUGCAAAGUUGUUGCAGACCACAGCAGACACGAUCGAGGAGGAGAAUGAAGCUCUCCGAAUGCGGGAAAAGGCCUUCUUUAGUGAUGAUGACAGCGAUGAGGCUGGAUACUAG